AGGCUGUUCUGAAGAACGGCUAACCCUAAAGCGCAACUAAGUAAUGCUCGAAACGUUAACAUCUAUCACACUGAUUCGAGUAAGGUGUCACUUAAUCACUUUGGUGAAAAUGUAAUUUAAGGCAAGGCGGUGAUGGAAAGUUAUUUAUUUUGUUUUACAACUGACAUUCAGCUAUCACCGUAAGAAAUGAAAACGCUAGAAAAUUAAAAAAGAAAAUGAUUUGUAGGUUUAUGUAAAGAGGGUAUAAAUAAAAAUACAGCCUUUUUGUGUCAUAAAGUGAAACCUCUCCCGCGCGAGUGUAAGUGACGCAAACAACAAGAGAUUGAUAUAAUAAAAAGCCAACCUUCACAGAAAAUUAAGUUAUAAAUUAUUCAUCUGAUUUUUACUCGGGUAAAUAACCAUGACAAUACCUGAUGGGACAUACCGUAAACAACUGAGAACAACACAACAAGAGGAAAAAACGCAGGUGCACCUGCCUAAUCUUUUCGUGGAGGCUCAAUGCAAGGCCAACCGUUGGAAAAUCCAAUUUCUCACCACAAAAGGCAACGGUUAAAGUGAAUUUACUUCGAAUACGCUAAGAUGGCUUCAGGACUCAACAUUAUAUUUGGUGUCAUCGGAUCACUUGCCAUCAUCAGCAACUGUCUUUUGCUGGUAGUUAUUUUUCAGAACAAGUCAAUGCUGAAGAAGCCAUACAACACGUUGGUUUUAAGUUUGGCCAUUACUGAUUUGAUAACAGGAAUUGGUAUUUUAGCUACCCCUGUUUACGUAGUUGGGCCUGACUCAAUCUCAGUUCCGCCCGGAGGCUUUGGCCAGUUUUUCUGCCGAGUAAUAUUUUCUCAGUACCUCGUGUUUACGCUGGGUAUCGUGUCUGUGUAUACAGUCACAUGCAUGGCUAUUGACAGAUGGCUUGCUGUAGCUCGCCCAACCAAGUAUAAAACAACCUUAACGAGGCCACGAGUGAACAUUUGUGUGGUGUGCAUCUGGGCGCUUUCUGUGCUUUUGAAUACUCCGCACCUGCUUGAAAUGAAAGCCACGACCAGUCCAGAUAACGAGCCGCAGUGUGAGUGGGUUGUUCUUACUCAUGGAACAACCAGAAGAGUUGUGGCUAUUUUGGAAUUUUCAGGAAAGUUCUUCCUUCCCCUUCUUACAGCUUCCGUAACCAUUCUAAGCCUUAACAACCACGUCAAGUCAUCACCAGCUCUCUUUCAGACGAAUAGAGGCAAAGCUGGGUUACGUUUAAUACGCAUGUGUAUGUUAACGGCCAUCGUGCUUGGAGUAUGUUGGUUUCCUAACCAACUGUAUUACAUGUUGUUUAAAUACGACAUCACCGAACUAGAUACACCCAUGCAUCAUUUUACCGUGGUGCUCUGCAUGUUGAAUUCGUGCGUCAAUCCCUUGAUUUACUGCAUCAGCAACAAAAUAUACCGAAGGCACUUUUGUCUUCUGGUGUGUCCAUGGUACAGGGAUAGGAUUAUAGCAUUGGAGCAGACUGGAAGCGAUCCUCAUAGCGUGGCAAACGAGUUAAGAAUCUCUAAAGUGUAUGGACCGGCUGUGAUGAGCGUCACAAAUAGCACACAUGCUUAAGUCAUCAUCUGUAACGCUUGACAAGUCAGGUCUUGCCUUAAGACAUUAUUGACUAUUUUGAAAGUAGUGGAAAACUUAAACUAGAUUUGCGCAGCAUAAGAUAUCGAAAUUAAGUUUAAGGUUUGGUAGUUUUCUUCUUUCUCCUAUUUUGAACUUUAAUUUGUGUUGAUACCUUGUUUUCCUUUUCGUAUGAAAUAGUGAUUUAAAAUCGGUUUGCUAUGUUUACAAGACAUUAAUGCAGCUUAUGCAAGAACGAAAUUAAACAUUUAAGCUCUAAUUUUCGUUCAAAACCGUCAAUAUAAAAAAAGGCCCUUAGAACGACGUUUAUACUUUUGGGCGCAACCGAAUGCCUGCGGAAAUCACCACAGUCGAUUAAAAUGUCCUCUAUUUCACAAAUUGACGUCAGUGUUUUGUGCGUCCGUCCUCUUAUUGAUGGUAAAUUGCGUCAUAACAUUGUCAAAGUGGCUGUGUCGCAGUAUACCCAAAAUGGUCAA